AUGGGGAAAGGCACGGACAAGCUGUAUAUCACACACUCAGAGUGGUCGUCUUCAGAUGCCUUCUCUGCCAGCACCGGCUCUCGAUCGAAAGUGACCGGCGCAUCGUUCAGGCGGCUGCCCUUCAACUUUUGCGCCGCUAGCCUCCAGCCGUUCAAGAACCCUGUCUGCACCCCCGACGGCACCAUUUUCGAUGUCGAAGUCAUUGGCGCUUGGCUGGAGAAGCACUCGACAAACCCGGUUAAUGGCGAGCCCCUAGCAGCCAAGGACUUGAUCAAGCUGAACUUUGCGCGCAACGCCGACGCCGAGGUUGACGCCAAUGCUGGGCCAACGGACGGAAAAGGCGACUUGAUCGACCCCGUCACCUUCAAGGUUUUCACAGAUAACACCCAUAUCGUCGCCAUACGACAUGGAAAUUAUGCGAACGUGUUUGCGUGGGAGACAAUAGAACGAAUGAACAUCAAGGCGAAGAUGUGGCAGGAUCUGGUGGACGAUAAAGAAUUUGGACGCAAGGAUAUAAUCACGCUCCAAGAUCCUCAGAACGCUGCUGCGCGAGAUCUGAGCCAAUUCAAGUAUCUCAAGGACGGAGAAGAGGCGUUGUUAACACCGGAGCAAGAGGAGGAACGGAAAGCAGGCAACGUCAAUAUUGAUGCCCUAGGAAGAAUAGGGGAUAAAGUCUUGCGAGCAAAGGAGGCUGUGGAGAGGGCCAGGAAGCAGAGAGAAGCCGGCGGAGAUGUCAAUCGCUCGUCAAAAGCCUUGAUCAAGGGCGGUGCGGCCGGUGCAGCCAGGAGUUCGGCGAUACAAGAGAAAAAAUUAGCCCACAAUGCGGCAGCAUACACAACAGGCAGGGCAGCGGCAAGUUUCACAAGUACAGGGUUAACGCCAGAAACAAGCGGCGAGAGAGCAGUGUUGACCGAUGAGGAGUGGAUGCUAAAGCCAAAACGAGUCAAAGUCAAGGGCUAUGCAAGAAUAGAGACGAACAUGGGCGACAUCAACAUCGAACUACAGACCGAAACUGCACCCAAAGCAGUAUGGAACUUUGUUAGGCUAGCUCAGAAGGGAUAUUACAGAGGUGUGGCUUUUCAUCGAAAUAUCAAGAAUUUCAUGAUUCAAGGAGGCGACCCAACUGGCACAGGACGAGGUGGACAAAGCAUAUGGGGAAAGAAUUUCCAGGAUGAGUUUGACGGUCCGCUCACGCAUAGCGCAAGGGGAAUGAUUAGUAUGGCAAACAAAGGCAAGAACACAAACUCGAGCCAGUUCUUCAUCACCUACAAGCCUGCAAAACAUCUGGACAGAAAACACACCAUUUUCGCAAAAGUUGUUGGAGGCUUGGAUGUUCUAGAUAAGAUGGAGGCUGUUCCGGUCGAUAGCUCUAGCCGCCCUCUUGAUGAUAUCAUCAUUAGAGACAUAGUCGUCUUUCUGGAUCCAUUUCAAGAGUUCAUGAAAGAUAAAGACCAGCGUGAAAAAGCGGAACAGCAAAAAGCAGAGAUUCAACGAAGUGGCGGCACAGAAGACGAUAAGACGACCUGGACUGGAAAGAGGAUACGUGAGGAUGGGACCGUUGGUAAAGACAGCGCCGCAAACGGAGUCGGCAAGUAUCUCAAAACAGCAAUGGCAAAUCAGACUGAGGGGACAGGCUUCGAAGAUGAUGAACUGCCUGUUGAUACUUGGGAGCCUUCAAGGAAGAAGGCAAAGACGGGUGGUUUUGGAAAUUUCGACAAUUGGUAG